GUGGGAACCGCCCAGCGAUGACGUAAUGUCAUGAUUAUUAAACAGGUUGUCUGGCGGUCGGGAGGCGCCGGAGUCAGCAUCCCUCCUGCCUCCACAUCGUUCACCAGCAUCUCUCGGCAGCAUCCGAUACACCAGCGGAGGACAAACGAGGGGGCAUGGAUGUUCCUGAGGAUGAGCUGAUCCUCUGACACCAUGAUGAACCCAUCCUCUGCCGACUCAUCUCGGCAGCCAGAUCAUAGCAGCCGCAACCAGCAGCGAUCGUCAUCCCCAGCGGGUCUCAAAGAAACCGGAUCUAAAUCUGCACAGAAAGGCAGCAGUUCAGCCAAGCUCAAGCAGGGAGGAGAAGGAGGAGGAGGGAGAAACAGCCGGGGUCAUUCCCCCGUUUCCAUCGGCAGGGAGCGGCAGGCUGGAGGCAGUGCUCCCGUCAGAGGAGCGGCUGCUGUCCAGCAUGCUGGUGCUGAAAGCCCGACGUUGAGCAGGGCCGCGGCCGCUGUACCGGCAGCAUUAGACCCUCCCCGUCCUGUCACAGAGGCUUCCACCCCCUCAAGAGCUGAUCCGAGUCGCGUCGUCUCAGACCAACCGUGCGCUUCCAAAUCCCCCAAACUGAGAAGCAAAAAGCCCAAAGGAGAGGAAGCUGCAGCGGUCACGAGCAAGAAGAGUUCCAAAAGUACAGUGGGCUGUGGACCCGGCUUCUGGAAGGAGGGAUGCUUGCAGUCAGAACUGAUACAGUUCCAUCUGAAUAAGAGCCUGGGCAAGAAAGGGACAAAGAUGCAGGCGAAGUCAACGUCUCCACCCACAUCAGAGCCGGAACUGUCCCCAGAACCAGACAGUCCACAACGGGCUCCACGCUCAGACCAGAGGCUGCAGGACGAGAUCGAGAGGCUGGAGGACGAAAAUGAGGAUCUAAAGAAUGAAAUCGAAGAGAUGCGAACAGAGAUGGAUGAGAUGCGAGACACUUUCUACGAAGAGGAUGCUUGUCAGCUGCAGGACAUGCGCAGAGAGCUGGAGAGAGCCAAUAAGAACUGUCGGAUUCUCCAGUACCGGCUCAAGAAGGCAGAGAGAAAGAGGCUCAGGUUCACUGAAACGGGCCAAGAGGAUGGAGAGCUGCUCAGAAGUCUGGAGCAGGACCUGAAGGUGGCAAAGGAUGUGUCAGUGCGCUUGCACCAUGAGCUGGAGACUGUGGAGGAGAAAAGGAUGAAGACGGAGGAGGAGAACGAGAAGCUGAGGCAGCAGCUGAUAGAAGUGGAAGUCAACAAACAAGCCCUGCAUAACGAACUGGAGAAAGCCAAAGAGCUCUCAUUGAAAAGAAAGGGAAACAAGGAUGGCCAGAAAACAGAGAGAAAGGCCCAACAAACCCCGGUCGAGGAAGAAAACGAGGACCUAAAGUGUCAGCUGGCCUUCAUCAAGGAGGAAGCCAUCCUGAUGAGGAAAAAGAUGGCAAAGAUUGAUAAGGAGAAGGAUCGACUGGAGCAGGAGCUGCAGAAGUACCGCUCCUUCUACGGGGACGUGGACAGCCCUCUGCCCAAAGGCGAGGCCGGAGGGCCUCCCACCACCCGUGAGUCAGAGCUGAAGCUCCGGCUGCGUCUGGUGGAGGAGGAGGCCAACAUCUUGGGGAGGAAGAUAGUGGAGCUGGAGGUGGAGAACAGGGGCCUGAAGGCCGAACUGGAUGACAUGAGGGAGGACAGUCUGGCAGCAGCAGGAGUGGACGGCUCAGGCAGCGGGGUUCAUCAGAGCAGGGAGCACGGGGAGGCCCUGUCUGAACUGAGGCUGCAGCUGCAGCUGGUGGAAGACGAGGCAGAACUCCUUCGGCGAAAUUUAGCAGAUGUAGAAGAUGAGAACAAAAAGGUGACAACGGAGCUCAAUAAGCUGAAAUACAAGGCUGGGUCCCAUGAAGCUGGAUCAAGACACGGCGGAGGAGGAGGUGACGCGACUAAGGUGGAGGCCCUCCAGGAGGAGCUGAAAGCAGCUCGCAUGCAGAUCAAUGAGCUGAGCGGCAAAGUCAUGCAGCUCCAGUACGAGAAUCGUGUUCUGCUCUCCAACAUGCAGCGUUACGACCUGGCCUCCCACCUGGGCAUCCGCGGCAGCCCCCGGGACAGUGACGCGGAGAGUGAUGGGGGACGGGAAGACGACAUGCCUUCAGCCUCAGCCGUCUCUCCCUGCCUCCUCCCACCCCAUCGCAAGCGUGAGGGUCCCAUUGGAGGGGAGAGUGACUCGGAUGAGAAGCCUGAGGGACCGGCAACAAAUGAUAGACAUCCGCAUUGAAGCGGAGAGGCUGGGCCGGACCAUCGACAGGCUCAUCGCUGACACCAGCACUAUCAUCACAGAGGCCCGAGUUUACGUCACCAACGGAGAGCUGUUCACUCGGCUGGAUGAGGAUGAAGAAGGUGGCAGGAUCAGAGAGCAUGAGCUGCUGUAUCGCAUCAACGCUCAGAUGAAGGCCUUCAGGAAGGAGCUGCAGACCUUCAUAGAUCGACUGGAUGUCCCUAAGCAGGAGGAUAAACAGGCAGAUGAGCCGCUGUCU